GGCGCGGAGAAGGCGCCGGCCCCGGCCCCGGUCCCCGCGUCGCCGCGCCGCCCGCCCGCUCCCAAGCCUCAGCCUCCCGCGGCGGACCGAGACUCGAGCGGCGCGCCGGUGGCGCGGGCCGCGGCCCAGUGUGUGCAGUGAGAGCCCCGUCUCCCUGCGUGGUUGUUAAUAGACUGGAAAGUCUGUGUCUUGUCGCUCACUAGUAACCGUGAGUCUUUACCACCUCGUCGCCUCGCGGCGGCGGCCGGGAGCAGGUGCCCGCAGGCGGCGCAGCGGCCUCCUCGCGUCCUGCCCGCCGGCCCCGCCCCGUUCUUGACCAAACAUGACAGACUCUGAACACGCAGGGCACGACAGAGAAGAUGGGGAAUUAGAAGAUGGUGAAAUAGAUGAUGGAGGAUAUGAAGAAACACAAGAAAAGGAAACAAAAGAGGAUGAAAAGCAGAAAAGUGAGAAAGCCUACCGAAAAUCAAGAAAAAAACAUAAGAAAGAAAGAGAGAAGAAAAAAUCCAAAAGGAGAAAACGUGAGAAACACAAGCACAAUUCGCCAUCUAGUGACGGCGGUUCAGACUACAGUCUUGGUUCAGAUGUUGACCGGACAGAAAGUUCCCGUAAAAAAAGAACUGGUUUCUACAGGGAUUAUGACAUUCCGUUUCCUCAGCAUGGGCAUAUAUCAGGAAGCUACAUGUCAUCACAGAAAGGUCAACAUAACAAAAAAUUUAAAAAUAAGGAAUAUGAUGACUACAGUACCUACAGUGAUGACACCUUCGGUCACUACAGUCAAGAAAUAGAGGAAGAUUUUGCUAAUCAGCUGAAACAGUACAGACGAUCUAAAGAAAUCUCGAAUACUGCUUUAGGAUCAUCAUUUUCUAAAGAACCAGGGAAAAAGCAGAGAAUGAAAGGAGUUCAGCAAGGUAUUGAACAGAGGGUUAAAAGUUUUGUUGGUCGUGGACGUGGUUUGCCGAAGAAAAUCAAGCGCAGAGACCGUGCGGGGAGAGCCCACAAAGGCCCUGAUGGUUUUUCGGGAGUGGAUGACUUUCAAGAGAAUAAUAAACCAGGGAAAAAAUGGAAAGUUAUGACUCAGGAAUUUAUUAAUCAGCACACAGUGGAACACAAAGGAAAACAAAUCUGUAAAUACUUUCUGGAAGGGAGAUGUAUUAAGGGCGAUCAGUGUAAAUUUGAUCAUGAUGCAGAGUUGGAGAAGAGAAAAGAGAUCUGCAAAUUUUAUUUACAAGGUUAUUGUAGCAAAGGAGAGAACUGCAUUUAUAUGCAUAAUGAAUUUCCAUGCAAGUUCUAUCACACUGGAGCAAAAUGUUACCAAGGAGACAACUGUAAAUUUUCCCAUGAUCUUCUGACUAAGGAAACAAAGAAACUUUUGGACAAAGUGUUAAAUACUGAUGAAGAGCCCACAAAUGAAGAUGAAAGAGAGCUAGAAGAACUUAAGAAGCGUGGCAUAACGCCUCUUCCCAAACCACCCCCAGGGGUUGGACUUCUGCCAACCCCACCAGAGCCCUUUCCCUUUUCUGAUCCUGAAGACGAUUUUCAGACAGAUCUCUCUGAUGAUUUUAAGAAAAUUCCAUCUCUUUUUGAAAUAGUUGUAAAACCUACUGUGGAUUUAGCACAAAAGAUUGGGAAGAAGCCACCAGCGUUUUAUAACAGUGCCUCGCCCCCCGGACCCCAGUUUCAGGGGAGCAGCCCCCACCCUCAGCCCAUCUAUGGCUCUGGGUGCAGUCCAGGCCCUGGGCCUCACCCAUCCCCGGGACUCAGCCCCGCAGUGUGUGCAGCUUCCCCGGGUCCCCCGAGGCUGCCGAGCCCACCUCUGCCCCCGGGUCCCCCUGCACCUGUCCCGGCAGGCCCACCUCUGGCUCCACCUAACCCAAGUGGGGCCUACCACCCCCCAGACUUUCAGGGACCCCUGGUGAAUGCAUCCAGAGAGAACCACUGCCCCCCAGGCGCCUCCCACCUGCCGAGCCCCGGGGAAAUGCAGCUCAGCGGCUACGAGUCCCUGCAGGAGCCGGCUGAGUUCUAUGAGUCUUACUAUUCUCAUCAUGCCGUCCACAACUUCCCGCCCCCCGGUAACUCUGGAGAUGGGAUGUGGCGUGGCGAGCUGGCCCAGCAUCAGCCUCCCACCCUUCAUGACUCGUGUGACCCUGGGGCUGGCUCUGAUGGCAGCAGCGGGGCAGGCCACGGCCUUCGGCCUGCCCCUGCUCUCCUCCCGGCCGUGCGGAGGGCCCUUUUCGUGAGACUUACUCAGAAAUACCAAGAAGAUGAAGAAUCAAGCAGCACCCAGCUUCACAGGGCACCAAGCAAGGAAGAAGGUUUGUCAGAUGAUACUGUUAACUGGUAUUCCAGUAGUGAAGAGGAAGAAGGAAGCAGUGUCAAGUCAAUACUGAAAACAUUACAAAAACAAACAGAAACUUUAAGGAAUCAACAACAGCCUUCCGCAGAAGUCAACACUGACCCAAGGCUUGCUACGGAGAGAAGUAAAGUAAGCCAGGUGGUUGACCCCAGACUGAGGACCAUCCCGAGGCCGGGCGUGAGGAAGCCUCCGGAAUCUGUGCAGAUGGGUCUUAGGCUCGCCUGGGACCCCAGGAAAGUAAGAGAUGGCGGAAGUGGCCACAUAGGCUCUUCUGUUGGUGGAGCAAAAUUUGACUUGCGCCAUUCAAGUGCUGGUGCUAAUGCCAAACGUAAAAGAGGAGAUGAUGAUGAUGAAGAUGCAGGCAGAGAGCUGAGAGGGAAAGCUUUCCCGAUACCCCUGGAUGCUGCGCCUGGCCUGGUGCUCCAGGACCCACGGUCACAGCUGAGCCAGUGCAGUCACAUUAAGAUGCACAUCACCCUGAGCAGACCCAACUUCGCGAAGCAUGUUGUGUGGGCUCCGGAAGACUUACUUCCAGUACCCCUCCCUAAACCUGACCCGGUGUCCUCCAUCAGUUUGCCUCUGCCCCCCCUCAUAGCUGACCAGCGGCUUGGCAGGUCUUGGAGUACGAAAGGUGACCCUCAUUCCAACACGGUGCCCCUCGACGUGAAAUCGGCAGCCAGAGCCAGAAACAGCACAGCAAACAGAGAUGGCCGCCCGGAGCGAUCUGGAGACGCUCAUGGUUCAGGAAGUAAAUUAGGAGAUCCCAGGCUGCAAAAACAUUUUGAUCCUAGACUUCACAGACUGCCUAGUUCGGAGCCUCAUCAGGUGGUUGCAGUGGACUCACGCACCUCCACAAGUGCCCCUCAGGUGGCCACACCAAACCCUGGCUCAUCGCAGCCCUCAGCAGCCGUUCCUAGCAAUUCUGGUUCCAGGGCUCUGCCCCCCUAUGCCCCUAAACUGUCAUCUUCAGCUGGCCUUCCCCUGGGAACCCCAAGUUCAGUGCUUAGUGGUAUUAGCUUGUAUGACCUGAGGGAGCCUGGCUCUUCAACUCCAUCCGAGCUAGCAACAGUUUCUUUAGGAGAAAAUGCAGAGAACCAGAAAAAAAGUGGAGGUUUCAAAAGUAGUGGCACGAACACAUCUUCCCCCAGAGAAGCCGUCCUGCCACAGAAAACCGCUCCUGACGCUGGCGCUCCAGGCGACGGGCCCGCCGAGCCCCCGGCACCCGCCAUGCACAGCCUCCCUGUGCAGGCGCUGGCCGGCCUGGUCAGGCCCCAGUACAGCGAGCGGCAGGCCAGGCCCCCGGGGAGCCCGAGCCCGGGCGACGGUCCUGGCGGAGAGCCGGAUGGCACACGGCUGCGAGAGGUCUUCAAGGCCUUCGACCCCACUGCGUCCCCGUUCCGCUAGCGGUGGGCUGCAGGCAGGGGUGCGCUCCUGGGAAACACCUGCAGCCCUCUGCUGCUUCCUAACUGUUUACCUCUGUAGUUUAUUUAUUUUUAAAUUAUAAACAUUUUUCAGCUGCUAGUGUCAGAACCACAUGAAGUUAUAGCCUCUAAAGCCUGUGGCAUUUUAUAGAAUAUUUUUAUAACUUUCCGAGACUGUAGUGAUUGACAUAGAAACCUGUAUAUCAUGUCAGCAUCCGUAAAAGUACUUUUGUAAAUAAACCAUCAUGAACUCAA